ACAAAACUAAUUAUUUUAAGACAAUAAAUGACUCAAAAUGGUAAUAUAUAUGUAAUCAAAACAAGAGUAGAAUCAAAUUGUAAUGAUGAAUUUCAACUCCCCAAAACAUGUAUUUAUUUUUGUUUUCAUGUAAUGUACUUGUUCACGCUGAACCAUCGGCACGUGACCUCAUACAGUACAGGAACAGGGGUCCAUGACAAAAACGCCAGGACAAAAUCCCCACCGGACAAAAACCUCAUCUCUACUGGAACCUAACCUAACCUAACGUUAAAUGAAAUUCGUAUGAAAAUAGAAACGGGCGAUCUAACUCCCGACUGUAUUCAAUGACUGCUGUAGAAAAACUGAAUUCGUGCACGAGUGAACAAGGUUUUUAUACAGUUCGCCUCAUGGUACCACACGUCAUUAAACAGACCUGAGAGACCAGAGAUUGUGAGGUCACGGGUCCCCUGAGGUCCCAAAAAGCGAGGGCAGUAAUGGUAAGAUCUAAUAUUAAAGUGGAUUUGUAAGAAAAUUAUUGAAAACUUUAAAAGAAUUCUGUUUUAUUUUUUACUAUGUGGGGUUUUUGUCCGAGGGGAUUUUGUCUGUAUCCCCAGGAACAGUGAGUGGCAGCGCGUUAUCAACUUAAUAGCUGUUAGGGCGAAUGGUGUUACUAUUUUACGAACUCUGUUGUCCAUUACUAGUAUAGGUGGAAACUGGAGGAAGCUUGUUAGUGGCGAAGAGCAUAAAGCCAAGACUCCAUCAGUACAAUAGUGAGUUACCACGCAAUAUACCGCCACACCAACUAAAGACAUAACAAUGGGAUUUGACGAGUUCCUAGUAGUCCUCAACCCUCACCAGCCUGUGUACUUCCCCGGUCAGAAUAUUCGAGGUUACGUCAAAGUUAAAGUGUCGUCUGAGGUGUCAUGUCGAGAACUUAAAGUCACAACCAAGGGCAAAGGAGAAGUUCGUUGGUCAGAGCGGCGAGGAAAAACAACACACCAUUAUUCAUCUGAAGAAGAAUACAUGCGUCAAUCAGUGACUGUCUGGGACGGCAGAUAUAAUGAUAAUAGAAUGAUUCCAGGCGAGUAUUCAUAUCCCUUCCACUUCAUCUUGCCACACAAUAUUCCGUCGUCAUUUGAGGCAACACACGGAAAGGUUCGCUACCAGGUGAAGGUCGUGGCCGACAAACCUUGGAGCAUAGAUCAGAGUACAAAGAUAAUAUACUCCGUCAAUCACCUCUAUGAUCUCAAUUUUCAUUCACUAUCACGGAAUCCUUUGUAUAAUGAGAAAGAAAAGACAGUGUGUUGCUGCUGCUGUACCCGGGGGCCUAUAUCACUGGCGGUGUCCGCUCCACGCUCCGGCUACGUCCCUGGUGAGAACAUCAUCAUCAACGGCCAUAUACAGAACCACAGCAACUCAACCAUCAAGUACACCGAAGCCAAGAUCGUACAGAACAUUGAAUACAUUACAUCCUCGAAGACUAAGGAAGAGCAUCGCACUGUCCAGCGGGUCUACCGUCCACAAAUCUUGCCCGGGGGGAACGAUGUUUGGGCGAAUGUUCCGCUGCCCGUCCCAGCUGUGCCUGCGAGCCAACUCAAACAUUGCAACAUCAUCGACAUAAAUUAUACUUUUGUGUUUGUUGCCAAACUUGGAACAUGUAAGACCGCUGAGGUGGUAAGUGCUCUGAUAAUUGGGUCUAUCCCACUACAUGGAACUUACCCAGCAUAUGUCCCGCCAGUGAGUGCUGCUGAAGUUGGAGGAACUUCAUUGGCCACCACUGUAUCUCUACCUUAUGGGCAGUCAUUACCCAACCAACCUGCAACCUCCUUGGGAGCAUCUCCAAAUAUUGCCAGUGCUCCUCUGGCAAGUCAUGAAAUUUACAGAGAUCAUGAAGAGACUAGAAAUGAUCUUCCUCGGUAUAAUGGUGAAUUUAGGGAUGACCCGCCCCCUUACCCAAGCACCUUCAUGCCUGAUGAUUACAAAGAUAUACCUCCGCCGUCAUAUGACUCGUGUGUUUUCUCUCACGGACAAAACGGCGUCAACAGAGGACCAAGAGGCGGGACUACUGGCAGAGACAGCGAUGAUGACGAGAAUGACUUUGCCCCGCGCUAUGUUACUUACAGUAUGGGAGAGACAGUCUACCACAACUAUGGCAAUCUCUAACACCUGCUUGAUGAGGCCCAAGAUGUGUUGUGCAAUACAUUUCAACAGUCAGGUUUUACCAGAACAAAAGAAGAAAAAUAUAUAUAUAUGUACAAUUUUGUUUACCACUGCCUUAUACGUGUAUUAUUAAUAUUUUGAUUUAAUUUGCAUUGUAUAAGUGCAUUUAUUUAUGUUUGUGUGAUGUUAGAGAGAAUAUAUUAGGUAAAUUGCAUGGUAAGUAUUUAAGUAUAGGUUUAUAUAUACGGUAUAGAUAUUUAUUGCCCGUUUGUUGUAUGAUCUGCCUGUAUGUGCAUUAACAAACACCAUCAGUGGUUGGAUUAGUUUGGAAUUAUUGUCAUUGGGAAUCUUUUUUAUUAACCCUUUGCCAGGUGAGUUUUAGAGGGCCACCCCAUCUGUAGGUUAAGUACAACUUCCUGAAGCUCAAAGGAAAAAAAAAAAAUAUGUGAUGGAUCUGUAAA